AAACUUUAAAAUUCUGUGACGCUAGCCUGCCCAAGUCAAUCCACCGCGAAUAAGUUUUAGUUAGUUAACCCUAAACUAAAUUACUACUUUAAAAUCUAAAAGAAGGGCGGUAGUUUUUCCGGCAAUGCAGUGGACGGCCGCCGACAGCCUAUGAGGCAAAAAAUAGCACAGCUAGUAAAAGAUGGACUCUACAGAGAAGCCAUUGCGCUCUACGCGCAUAACCACUCCGCCUCCAUUCCGCCGACUAAUUUCACCUUUCCCUACAUCCUCAAAGCCUGCGCCGCGCUCAAAGCUGUUUCCGGCGCCCAAAUGCUCCACGCACACCUCCUCAAAUUUGGGUUUACGAAUAAGCAUACCACUACCGAUCUCACCAACACGUAUAUGAAACUCGGCUUAGUCGACAGUGCAGCCAAACUGUUCGACGAAAUUCCUCAUCCAAGUAUAUCUAUUCUUAACGUUGUCAUUUCCGGGUUUUUCCAAAAUGGGCUCUCAGAAGAAGGUUUUAGAGUGUUUCGAGGAUCUAGUUUACAUAAUCUUAAGAUCGACUCUUUUACGGUAGCGAGCGUGUUGUCUGCUUGUGAGAAUGCUGCGGAUGGGAUGCAAUUGCAUUGUUUAGCGGUCAAGGUUGGCGUAGAAAGCGAUGAUUAUGCAGCAACAUCGCUUAUGACGAUGUAUUUAAAUUGUGGGGAGUUGGGUUCUGCUUCGAGUUUGUUUCAGUGGAUUGAGAAGAAAGGCGUGGUCUUCUACAAUGCUUAUAUAUCAGGUCUUGCGCAGAAAGGGUUUGUGGAAAUGGUGUUGCGCGUAUUUAAGGAAAUGGUGUUGUUAUCUGAGAAACUUACCGUGGCAACCAUGGUUUCUGUGCUGUCUGCUUGUGGAACUGGUAGGUGUGUAAGAUUUGGUAGGCAGCUUCAUGGGCUUAUAGUGAAAGUUGGAUUAGAAUUCGACACGAACGUUGGGACUGGCCUUGUCGAUAUGUAUUCAAAAUGCAGUUCUUGGCAAUGUGCCUAUAGUGUAUUUAGGGACAUGGGUGGUAACAGAAAUUUGGUAACAUGGAAUUCGAUGAUAGCUGGAAUGAUGCUAAAUGGUCGAUGUGAGCAUGCUGUAGAUCUUUUUUCUAAAUUAGAGAGUGAAGGAGGGUUGAAAGCUGACUCUGCAACAUGGAAUUCCAUGAUCAGCGGUUUCACUCAACUAGGAAAAGCUGAUGUUGCUUUUGUCUUGUUCAGAAAAAUGCUAUCUUGCGGUGUAAUACCUAGUGUGCGAUGUAUCACUAGCUUGUUAGCAGCUUGUUCGUGUCUGUCGAUGCAAAGCUAUGGAAAGGAGAUUCAUGCGUUUGCUGCCAGAAGGAAAAUCGUUGAUGAUGCAUUCUUGGCUACUGCAGUCAUUGACAUGUAUAUGAAGUGUGGACAACCUGCUUUAGCCUGCAAUGUUUUUAAUCAGUUUCAUAUAAAGCCAAACGAUCCGGCAUUCUGGAAUGCCAUGAUUUCUGGGUAUGGAAAACAUGGGCAGAGUGAAGCUGCAUUUGAUGUUUUUGAUCAAAUGGUUGAGCAAGAUGUUGAGCCAAAUUUAGUUACUCUGAGUUGCCUUUUGUCUGUGUGCAGCCACAGUGGCCAUGUCCAGAAGGGAUUCCAGAUUUUCAGAUUAUUUACUGUAGGAUAUGGUCUCAAUCCAACUCCAAUGCAUAUGAGUGUCUUGAUCAAUCUCCUUAGUCGUUCUGGGAUGCUGGAUGAAGCCUUGGAACUCCUAAAAGCAACAAAUGAAACUUGUGCUACGCUUUCAGCUUCUCUGCUUGGCACUUCGGAGCAUUAUAUGGAUUACAGGUUAAGAGAAAAGAUGGCUCAGAGACUUUUAGAUUUAGCGCCUGAAAACCCGAUUCCUUUUGUGGUUUUGUCCAAUAUAUACGCCAGGCAAGAUAAGUGGAAAGAUGUCCACAAGAUUAGAAAGUUGAUGGACAAGAAGGGACUGAGAAAACUCCCUGGUCUUAGUUCAGUUGCAAGCGCCUAAAAAGGAAUUACAUGACAUUUGACUCCCAGAACUCAACUUAUACACAUUCUUGGCUUACAUUCAUUGUGGUCAAAUUAACUUGCUGACUCGUUGGCUGUUUGGGAGAGAAGUAUGGCGAUUCGUUGAUGUGAGAUAUGCAUUCAGCCUAAAUACAACCAGAUAGGUUGUAUGAACUUCUGUGGAGCACGGCUAGCAUGCUGCAAGGCAUUGUAUUCUCCUUUCUUGUCAUGAAUGAGAGUGUGAUCAUUGAUCUGUGAGGCAAUAAAGUUGGUUCAAUUCACUGCAGUUAUGGAUCAUUUUGUUGGUGAAGGUUGAAGAAACAAGGUCGUUUCUGUUGCAACGUACAUGGCAAGAAAAGCUUAAUCUUGUGCAGGACCAGUAUUUCUAUGCUUCAUCUGAAUUUUGUGCAAGAGUUGAGAUUUCAGUAGCUGGAUACCUAAACUCUCACAUGCUUAUAUAUGUUGCUGAGGCAUCUAAUCACUCAAAUCUUGUAGCUCUUCAAAACUGCUCACAAAGUUGAAGAUUGAGACUCAGCUGAUGUGUUGUGCCAUCUCACAAACACUCAGCUUCUGAAUUAGUCACCUGUAAAACUACCUCCAUUUUUUUCCCUUUUGAUAAUUUACACUGCGUUGUGGUCCA